GAGAGGGAAGGCAUUCCACAAAAUUUUGUUGUAAAUUGGUACACAGAAUUUCGUGUAAAACGUCAUAAUGGAUACUUGAUGGGUGAAAUGGCGUUUAAGUCUAGGGAAGAAGUAGUAGGAAAAAGAUUUCUUGCUGUUCGAAGUGCAGGAAGGUUGAAACUGAGUAAAAUAUCCGAGUGGGAAUGGCUAGCUGGAGUUAUACGGGCUGUUUCAUGCAGGGAUAGUUCUAGUUCGGAUUUUUCGGCACUCGUUGAAUUUGAUGACAAAGAGUGGAAGAAACGAGAAUGGGUCCGUGUGCAGGAAACAUUUCAAGUUUUUCUUGUGGAAAAUACAUUACUGUGGGCCGAACGUGAAGACAUUAACAAACCAAGACACCAGCUUGUCAACUGGCCUGCUUUGAGUUUCAAGCCAUUAGUUGACAAGUUUGCUAUAAGUGGCGGCAAGAGGAAGCCAGUAGAAUUUUUGGUUGACCGCCAUCGGGGUUUUGUGGAAGAAGCUGAUACUGCUCAAUAUCAGGAAGGGGAUGAGACCCAGUAUCCUGCAGCAAACAACUACCCUGAAGUGAAGAAAGCUAUCAAAAGCUGGCUAGAUUACCAGGAUGGGCAGCAGAUUCUGUUGACCACACCUACAAUCCUACCUGGUUACCGCGUAGAGGUAUACCGAGCAGAGGGUACCACCCAAUGGUACACCGCUGUUAUACAGUCCUACAACUCCACCACAAAGACAUUGGCCGUGACAGAUGAUACCGUGUUGGAGGAGCAUAAUGAAGACCCUUCUCUGGUUCAGAUGCGAUUUAUUGAUGAUGGAGUGGUGGAUUCCAUUCUCCGAGGAGUUGAUGUAGGUAUUACUCCACGCAGACGACCUCGAAACAGUAACAAGGAGAAGACUCCACAGACCUACAACUCAACGGGUCACUACACUCGGCAAACUAAAGCACAAAGUCCGAGCCGAGCAGCCCCACCACCAAGUCGCAGCAGUAUCACACGUAAAAGUAGACAACGGCACGUUUCAGGCAGCAGCAAUACAGACUCAGAGAAAGAAAAAGUGCCAGAGUCAGCGCAAGCGAAAAGCGUAGCAAAGAAGGAACGGAAACGGAAGCCCAAAGAAGACUCUGAAGCAGAUUCAGAACCUCCAUCAGAGAUCACUGUUAAGAAAAAUAAACUUAGUGACAAAAGGACUUCAGCCAAACCUGUGCUUCAAGAAAGUGUUAAAGAGAGACCUAAGCCACCCAAGGCUAGAAGUGAAAAUUUCCCGGAAUGCAGAACAAGAGAUUCCUCGUUGAGAAAACAGCAAAAAGAUUUAUCACGGAAAAAUAGGACUAGUGGUGAAGCUAAUGUUUUGCCUGUGGACAAAAAUCCAUGUGCAAGUCCUAAGGAAGAACCUAGAGUUCCACCCAUAGAAUCACCAGUUUCUCCUUUGGAAUCCAAGCCAACAGAAAUCUCUGGUAAGACAAAAUCUCAAGCUCUUGAAGGAGCAGCUAGUAAAAGUAUUAAAAAUAUCAAGGGUAAUCUAUGUGUAGACUCUGAAACAAAGAGAAAAGUUUCUGGUGUGAGUGGCAGUUCUGGCAGACGGACACCAGUACAUGCUGUUGCCAAGCCAAAACCAACUUCAGCCUCGCCUGUACAAAGUGAGAAAAAAGUACCCUCAUCUUCACCGCCUGAUAGGCCAGCGAUAACAGAGAAUGUGAAAAAGGAGUUAGUGAAAAAAGAUGUGAGUGAAUCGAGCUCUGUGGAGAGUGAAGACAUGCACUAUAAGAAGCUCCAUCUUCUAGCACGGGAGAGCUCUAAAGAGAAACCUCCACAGUCAUCGCUUAGUGCAAACAUAGACUUGACCAGGUCAGUGACAGAUCAACUGUCUAAACUCGCUAAAUCUGAGGUGCAGCAGCAGAGUACAACAUCUACUGUGAACUCCACUGACACAGAUACAAGAACAUCUAGAACUGCCACAGGUUUGGUCUCAGAACCUCAUAGAAACCAUAAUAGAAGUGCUGAUUACCUGCGAGAAGGCCCAGGUAGGCCAGGUGAGACAAGACCCUGUGCCCCCCAGGCUCAUGUAGUGACUAGUAUGCCCAAUGCCUCCAGCACUCAGGCACUAGAGGAAAGGCCUGCUUCAAGUUCUUCUUCACAAGAGAGACCUGUCUCUAGACACAGCGAUGAAAAAAGACCUGGUUCUCAGUUUGAUGAUCUCAGGGUUGUGAAAAACAGCCCAGCCUCCAGUCCAUUAAUCAUUGAUCGGAACGAGCCGGUCAAUCCGUACAGAGAUCCUGAAUUGAUGAGAAAAAACCCUGUACAUAGCAUGUUGGGGGUACCUAAGCCCAUUGGGUCUUCCUCCUACCCGAAUGUGCACACUCCCAUUCCAGGCCCGCCAGGAACCUUGCCAGUUUCUACCACGCUGCCUAACCACCCAUUAUCCAGGACAUUGCUGCCACUGCAAUACUCCCCUCAACUGCCUGCAUUGGGUCUGCCCCAUCUGUCCCUACCUCGUGCUGCGGCUGUGGCACAGUUAGACCCUAUAGCCGCCAGAGAAAUUAGCAGUUUAGCUCAACAGCAACAGCAGCUUGCCCUCCAGUACCAAAGCCAGCAUUUACUACAAAUUCCAUCCUACCCGGCUACUUUACCUGGGAACUUGACAAACACACAACUGGAACUGUUAUGGCAGCAGCAACACCCCACAGUCCCUGUGCCACCACCAUGGAUGCUAUCCAAAUACCAGGAUGAUCUCAUCAGAGGCACUCUCAUACGAGAACGGGAGAUCUCUGAAGAAAGAGAUCGGGAAAGGCGCAUAGAAAGGGAUAGGAGAGAGCGAGAAAUAGAACGUGAAAGAUUAGAAAGGGAGAAAGCAGAACGUGAACGAGCAGAUAGAGAAAGGGCAGAAAGGGAAAGGGCGGAGAAAGAACGACAGGACCGUGAGCGUGAGAAGCAGGAAAGGUGCAGACAGGAGAGAGAACGAGAGCAGCGGCAGGAGCAGAGGAUCCUCACUGAGUCAGUAGAGGCUGCAGUGGCUGUCAAUCAACAUUUCACUGAGUCCUUGCGACUGGCCAAGCAAAAGGCUGCAGCAACUGGUGUUUGGCCGUCAAUAACCUUGGGAACAGGGAAAGGUGUUAGUGAAGUACCCUCAGCCCAUAGCCAACCCCCACCAGCCCACUCCGGCCAGUCUUUUGACUUGAAAUCUGGGGACCACAAAGACAGAAAAAUAAUGGAGGAGAGAGUAAAACAGGCCAGUGAACGAGAGUCAAGAGAAAAGGAGUACCGUCAUCAUUCAUACUCCCCACAUGAUCAGGGCUCAUAUUCACCACAGGAGAGAACGGCAUUUUCCCCACAUGCUCCCAGAGUGAAAUUCAUGGACAAACAUCAAGAACUGAUAUUGAGACAAACAGAAGAGAAGCGCUUAUUAGCAUUAGAGCAGGAGAAACUUCUAAGGCAUCAGCGGUAUAUUCAUGAAACUCAACAGAAAGCACUGAUCACAGAAGAUAAAUACCAGCCCCAGAAGCCACCAGAGGCCCAUUCCAAGAGCACAGUGACUACGACAAGUAAUCAGGAUAGUAAAAGUGCGCACUUGUAUGCACCUUAUCCAUAUUCCUACAGAAACAAUAUGUAUGUGUCUCCAACUUCUACAACCAGCACCUCGUCUGCUUCUAACCCACAAAGUGUGAAGCCAGAGCCAAAUUUUAAUCUUUAUGGAUAUCAACCAUUCCAACACUCCUACAUCCCUAGUGAUAAACUGCACUUACAUGGACUUCGGGUUGCAGAAAGGGAAGGGAGUUCAAGUGUUAAAGAUGAGCGAAAUCGUUCAGCUUAUGACCAACAUGCUCAAGGUAGUGAUGGCCGUUCUACAACACCGUUGAAUGCCAGUAAGAAGGGUAACAAAAGUUCUCCUCCCCCUUUAAUAAAGGACCCAGGGAAGGUGCACAGUACGGUGAUAGUGGACAACCGGUCAAGAGAGGGAGGCAAGUCAGGGAGCCCUCACUCCUCUCACUAUCACCAAAGUUCCCCAGUGAUUUCAGGAUCCUCUCGUCCACCAACGGCACCAGGAGCCCUUCCUGAUCGGCAGCCUGACAGGCCCUCCUCAUCCUCAUCUACCCACUCUAGUCCAUCGUCGUCUACCCUAGCACAUCAUCUUCAGUCACAUCCAAUGAUCUCUCCCGUGUCAGGGAUGCCGUCACAUGCAUCUGCCUUUAGGGCUGCCGAAAAGUCAGCUUCAUCCCGUGCCCAAAGUCCUCUCCAUGUUGCCAGUCCACAGCAGCUCUCGGCAGCGGUGAUUAGACCAUUGGAAUAUCCAAAGGCCAUGCAAAGUCAUUCACAGAUAGUUGGAUCAUCAGCAGCUGGAACAAUUACGUCCAAUCCUAACCAUGUACCUGUUGUGGCAUCCCCCCCAGCUCAUCCUUCAGUAUCCGUGUCCACAUCCUCAUCACACCCAGCUUAUACAUAUUCCCUAAUACAGCAAGGACUUGUGCCAAACCCCAUCUACAGUCAAAGUGUUGCUGUCAAUGCAACAAAAGUAAGUGACUCACAGGCUCAGAAUGCAGUUGACAAAAGUCCAACUGGGCACAGCUUCAGUGGCAUGGGAGCAGGUGCUGUGGGUAGCAGCAAGCGCAAGUCUGGUAAGGAAGGUUCAAACAGGAAGAAGCACAGAGUUGGCAGUGAGUUUACAGAAGGUCUUUCUCAUUCCCAUUCAGUCACCUCACAGAGUUCUUCACUGUACAGCCCAAACCCGCACAAAGUCACCGGGGGAAACGUUCAUGUCAGUCCACCACACCACCCCGGAUCUUCACCCAUCACUUCAGGGACGUCCGUGCUCACAACCUCAAACACAAACUCUACAACAUCAACGACAGUAGCUUCAACCACCUCGCCCACAUGUAUCACCAAACCUUCCUGUUACAUGGACAGUUUUCGUUCCUUUGUGGAAAACACUGUGCAGAUUGCAUUUUUCCAGGAUCAGGAGAACAGUAAAAAUAAAGCAAAGCUCAAAGCUAAAGUUGCUCAUGAGGGUCAGCAGGAAGCUGGAGCUUCACAAAAGCAACAAUCUCGCCAACAGAUUCAUCAUACUUUACAACAACAGCUCCAGGCCAAUCCUAAGGGGAGUUUGCAACCAUCUGCUCAUCAGCAGUCCAAGUCACAGAUCCUUCCACAUCAGCAUGUUCACAAGCAAUUUGCCCCAUCCCAUGGUGUACAGCAGCCAUCAUAUCAAAAAUAUUCAUCACAACCACAGAGCUACCCUUUGACCAGUGACCCCAAACCAGUGUCUUGCCCAUCACCAGUAAACCUAGUAAACACCAAUUCUAACUCGUGUUCUUCUAUUAUGGAUACCAUCAAUAGGGUGGCUAAUGGAGGGAUUGACACAGACAGUGACACUUUGAGUGCCCCAAGUCCUCCACCUCAGUCCCGGACUACCUCACCUCACAAGUCAGGCAACCAUACCAAGCUGAAGAAAGCCUGGCUCCAAAGGCAUUCUGAUGAGGACAAGAAAGAGGUGAAGCUAGAGCCCUCUUCUUCCCCAUCGUCAUCCCCCUCAGCCUCCACAGAGGACAGCAAACCAGAAAUGGUGAAGCAGUGUUUUGUGAACUGUUCCUACAUUUCUCCAAAAAAGGAGGGUGGCAGAGUGACACCCAUCACAUCUCUGCAGCUGCCUAAUGGAAGUGUUUCAGAAGGUGGCCGUGAAGAUGAGGAAUCCACCAGUUCUGCCUCAGAAACGGAAUGCCAGCAGGGUAUGGAGGGUAAUCCACUUAAGAGAGCAAAAAACAGGAGACGAAAAAGGAACAACAGUGCAAAAAAGUCCAAGAUUGAAAAUGCUGAGGGUGGGACUGCAGGCAGCAAGAAAAAAAUAGUCCAAGUGAAGAAAGAACAGAGUGAGGAUGGCAGCAAGGAGAGGCAUAAAGCUAAGUCAAGGGAAGCAGAAGAUUAUGCCAUGGAGAACCAUGAAGAUGAGAAACCACGGGAUCAGCUUCAAGAGUCCACCAAGAAAAUUCUUCAGGAACAUUUGAAGGAGAUGGCUAAGAUUAGCAGCUCUUCAAAGGAUCCAGAGGCAAUGGGGGCUUGUAAAUCUGAAAAUAUGGAGACUGAUAAAUUAAGUGACAGCAGUGAAAAGAGAGAAAAGAAGAGGAAAAGGAAGAACAAAGAAAUUCCGCAUGAAGAUUUAGACAAAAGCAUAGAAAAUUUCAAUCGACCUCUUGUAAAGUCCUCAGUGACUAUUCUGAAGAAGACCUGUGAGCCUUUUCUACAAGAUGGCUCCUGCAGUGAGGUCACCCCCAAGCUUAUGAAGUGCCGAGAAUGCAAAAUGACACCUUCUCAACGCAGCAAGAAACUACCCAACAUCUUCUGUCGCUUUUACGCCUUCAGAAGACUGCGUUACAGCCCUAAAGGCUACUUGGCUAUUGCUGGCUUCUCAGAACUGGCAGAUGCUGAACCAGAUGACAUCAGACCAUGGAUUCCCAAAGUACCAGUGAUGGAGCCUCUUCUGGAUAUUGAGACUGCCAAAUAUAUAAUUGCAAAGGUUGGAGAUAAGUUCUGUGAGCUGGUUGAGCAGGAAAAGGAAGCGCGAGCCUGGGCUGGAGAUGAGCCCAAAAUCACUUGGAAACGAGCUGUAACUGGGGUACGUGAAAUGUGCGAUGCCUGCGACACAACAUUGUUUAACAUCCACUGGGUCUGCCAGAAGUGUGGCUUUGUUGUCUGCCUGGACUGCUUCAAGGUUCGCAUGCAGAAGGACACUGAUGAAGAGGCUGCCUUCAUGGAUGCCAAGCACAACUGGUUGAGAUGUAGUGCUAACCGACAGCCCCAUGAACCAGAGAAGCUCAUGCUGACCCAGAUAAUACCCUGUAGUGCACUGUGGGAACUGGGAGAGUUGAUACAUGACAUCAGAGUCAAGUGGAACAUCUCCUCAGAUUGUCCAUGUGGAAGAAGUAAGGACCAUAAACCCAAGAAUGGACUGGUUUCUGGCUCUGAGAAGAAAUGUCUGAUGAAUGGUUUGGGGGAGAACCGUCCUGGAAAACGUUCCAAGAAGUCUGCUGAUCCGUAUUUGGAGGGUUUCAACACGAACAACGCUGCUCUAAAUGGGAAUGUGAAAUCCUCUGUACCCUCACUCACUAGCUAUAACCCAGACACCCCUUCUCCACUGAACCUCCUAGCGGAUGUCGCCUCUAUGGACAUUGAGAACAACAAGAGGCUUGGGGAUGGAGAUACCAAGCAGUUCACACCCAUAACCGAUGGCAGUGCCGAUGACAAGAAGAACCCUGCGGGUUGCUCUACUUUGAGGGAACUUCUCACAAAAAAUGCAGGCAAGAUGAAAACUGGUGGAGAUAACAAAAAGAAGUCCAAGGUUUUCACCAGUACGCUUGAUGAUAUUAUUCAGUCUGUUGUUGAAAAGAGCUUGCCAAAGGAUAGUGGUGAAAACACAACAUUGAAAUUGACAAAUUAUAUUCCAAAGUUGAGACCGUGCAUUGUAAGCCAUGCCCCAAUCCCUGUCCAGAACUUGACAGAAACGAGUGUGAAGUACCCUGAUGUGCCCCACUCCUGGUUAUGUGAUGGCCGCCUUCUGCGUCUGCAUGAUCCCCAGCACAAAGGCAACUUCAAGAUUUUCCAGGAGCAGUGGAAGAGAGGUCAACCUGUGUUGGUGUCUGGUGUAGACAAAUUGAUCAACAAGAAGCUCUGGAGACCAGAAGCAUUUUCCAAGGAAUUUGGUCCACUGGAGAAUGACUUGGUGAACACACGAACUGGACUUGUUCUUGUUGGCCAUAAAAUGAGAGAUUUCUGGGAUGGAUUUGAAUAUCUUGGAAAACGGGUCAAAGACAAUCGUGGUGAGCCAUCGUUGUUGAAGCUGAAGGACUGGCCACCUGGGGAUGACUUUAGCGAAUUGUUGCCUUCUCGCUUUGAGGACUUGAUGCGGGUUCUUCCGUUACCUGAAUACACCCACAGAAAUGGUCGACUAAACCUGGCUGCUCGUCUACCAGACUUCCUGGUGAAGCCGGACCUGGGACCCAAGAUGUACAAUGCUUAUGGAUCUGCCAGCCACCCCACAGAGGGCACUACCAAUCUCCAUCUGGAUGUGUCAGAUGCGGUCAACUGUAUGAUGUAUGUGGGGAUCCCAGGGGAUGGGCCUGGUGGCAGAGUGGUUCAUGAAGCAGCUGCGCUGAAAUCCAUCGAUGAUGCUGGCUGUGAUGAGAUCACUAAGAGACGGGUGCGGGAAGUAAAUGAGGUCCCAGGAGCUUUGUGGCAUAUUUUUGAUGCUAGAGACGCUGACAAGAUGAGAGACUUUCUCAACAAGGUGGGGAAGGAGACAGGUGAAAAGAUUGAGCCCCAUCAUGACCCUAUCCACGACCAGAGCUGGUACCUAGACGAGACGCUGCGCAAAAGGUUGUACAAGGAGUACGGGGUGGAGGGUUACACUAUCAUACAGUGUAUGGGCGAUGCAGUAUUCAUCCCUGCAGGGGCACCUCAUCAGGUGAGAAACUUGCACAGCUGUAUCAAGGUGGCAGAGGACUUUGUAUCCCCAGAGCAUCUUAAUCAUUGCUUCCGUCUGACCCAGGAGUUCCGUCACCUGUCUGACACACACUCCAACCAUGAGGACAAAUUACAGGUGAAAAAUAUCAUCUACCAUGCUGUGAAAGAUGCUUUGGCUAUUCUAAAUUACUACGAUUCUGAGGAUGAAGAUAACUGAUGGAAGAUAAUACUAAGGGCUGGUUGUGUGUGACAAACUGAGAGAUAGCCAGACCACUUGCAGCCACAAGGGGAGGGUCUAACAGCUCAGUGUAUAACUCCAGAUUUAGUCCUCACUGUGCUGAAGGACAGAUAUUAUUAUUUACUGGACAAGACAAAUGGCAGCCGAUUUAUGACUUUCCCAUGGAAUUUUCAGUGCUGCAGUUACGUGGUGAAGUCCAUGUACACUUGCUGUGUACAAACGAGAGAUUUGCUGCAAACAACUGUCCAGAAACUGAUGGGACAACUACUGUCAUAAUGUUACAUGUACAAGAGCUACAGGCCUGCUGUCAACGCAGGGCAGGCGAGGGCAACCAGGCCAGCACACCAAGAAGAGAACAUUUCCAUUUUAAACACUUCAUUGACAUAAUGUACAAUUGUGGUGAUUCUUUUUUUUUUAAAUCUCUAUCAAGAAUUUGAACUAGAACAUAUAUGUGAAAGUGUUGUUGUUGUUGUUAUGAUAUAAUUCAGUGCUGAUCGUGUUACUGAAGUGGAUGAGAAACUGGUGGAGAACGUCUGAACUUUGAUGCAGCCAGAGCAGUUACUGGUAUGGUGUAGUAUUUGGGUCAUGUGAUCGGUCAUGUGAUACUGUGUACGGUUUGUGACACAUUACGUAACACUGCCCUUUUUUUUUUCUCUCUUGUGACUUACACAGAAUGUGACACAAGGGAUGUGGUCCCCUGUGAAGAAGACUUGGUACAAAAACAGACUAAUUGUAGUAUUGCAAACAUAGUGACAGCAAGAAUAGUGCAUACAGAUUACUACAGUUAACAGUGUGUUAAGCUACUAGAUUUUGCUGGUGAUAAUUUGUUACUUGGUGGUUAAGCUGUGAAUACUGGACUGGGAGCUCAUAUUCAUGGCAGAGUAGGCCUUUGCAGGAAUAUGACAAGUUGUAUGAUACUUAUGUCAAAGAAGAUAAAAUAUAUAAAUCUCUAUAUAUAUUAUAUGAAUAUAUAUGUAAAGUUAUGCCCAUAUGUGAUCAGAUAUUUGACUACAGAGUAUAGCAGAAGGCUCUGGCUUGGUUUGUCCAUGUGAAACUCAUAUCAGCCCCUCUGAUGGGGCACCUGUUACUCCCUGCGCAGGAGCAGCAGAACAUCAGCAUAGAGAACCUGUUUUGUGUCCAUAACAGCAGUAAGUAGCAAGCAAUCGGUGAAUCGGGGGCCAGUCAUUAUUCACAUUGCCCAUUAAUCUCCCCCCCCCCUCUCCCCAGUCAGUGAAGCAUUCAUUGCUGUCAUCAUGAACGAUCAUUAGCCUUGUUUUAUUUGUUGUCAUCACAUCCACAGGCAGCCUGGCUGUGUUAAUUAUUAUACCAAUAGAAAAGGGCCAUUUUUUCUGUUAAGGUUUCAUUGGUAAAUGCGAAGAGUGCUUUUGGUGCUUGUAAGCAGCACAAAUUGCUUUGUUCUUUUUUUUUUUUUCUUUUUAUUGUUCAUAAUAAGACUUGAUUAGGAAUUAUUUGUAUAUGUAAAUUAAGAGAUAAAUUGAUUUUGUUAUCUUGUUCGAAUUUGCUAUUCCUGCAUUUUUGAUGCAUGUUUCAUCUCCCUUUUCCUUCAAGCCCAGAAAGGCAUUAUCUAUUGUUUGUUUGGAGAGUCCAGAUUGUCUGUAUCUUUGGUGAUUAAUCCAUGCCACAAUACAGAUACAUUGUUUCCUCAUUAAAUCAUUUUAUCCCUAGCGCCUCAUGUACAUACAGUGUAGGAAUAUUUUUGUACCAGACAUUUCAGUGUCGAGUCUGACUUGUAUAGAUAUGUAAUAUUAUUUGAUUGGGCAAACCACAGGUGUUUACGCAGACAGGCUACGUCUAGAACUUAUAGAUUUGUCCUAUCGUUCUUAAUAAAAAAAAUUAUUUGCCUUAUUG